GUUCUGUUCAGACCGCCUGCUAGAGGUUCCAGGGAAUUCGAAUAGAAUCUUCAGAACUAGUGUGACCAGCCGCCUGAUACUACCGUUGCUUUUAUCGACAAUCACCAACUUUUUGAAUCUAUAAUUAACUCUUUAUUUUUACGCCCCAUUUUUUUCAUUCCAGAUCCUCCCAGAAAAUGGCGAUGAUAUUUCUUCUUGUUGCACUUCAAAUCUCUGGAGUUUUCAGCAAGAGCCUGCAAAUACCAGAGAAUUACAUGGCAUUACGAACUGUUGCUGGUCAUAUUAAUAAAUUCUCCAGUGAUUUUUAUGAUGCAGUAUCGAUAGGUGAGAGGGGAAAUUUGAUAGCCUCACCCAUCAGUGCAUCAAUGGCUCUGUCAAUGCUGACUUACGGAGCACGUGGAAAUACUGAAAAACAACUAAAAUCUGUUUUGCAUUUGAAUGGCGACGUAAAUGUCCAGAAGAGGGGCGUCAAGACACUCAUAGAGACUUUGAACGAAUUCUCCAGAGUCGAGCUGAAAUUGGCAUCCAAGAUUUUUAUCUCUCAAAAUGUCACUGUUCGCCCGGAGUUCCAGGAAAUCGCUAAAUCUGUAUUCAAAUCUGCAUCUCAAAAAGUUGAUUAUGCAAAACCUGAGGAGGCGUGUAAAAUCAUUAAUGACUGGUGCGAACAGCAGACUAAUUCCAAGAUCAAAGAUCUCUUCUCCCCAGAUGACCUUGACAGUGACACUGCACUCGUGCUCGCCAAUGCAGUUUAUUUCAAGGGAAAUUGGAUGCACAAAUUCAACAAAAGCCUGACAAUUCUUAAGAAUUUUACUCUAGAGGAUGGAACUGUCAGGGAAGUUCCCACUAUGCAUGCGUAUAGAGAUUACCGUUUUGGAAUUCUUGAAGAUCUUGGAGCGAGUUUUGUCGAAUUACCUUACGAGAGCAACGACAUCAGUGACGACAUCAGUAUGUUCAUAAUUCUUCCAAAUGAUCGAUCAGGCUUGAAAGACCUGGAGAAAAACCUGACAAAACUCGACCUGAAUCUUCUGCUGGCUGGUUCGAUGUCGGAGGUGAGCUUGACUCUCCCGAAAUUCAAAGUAGCAUCAAAACUGGACCUCAAAGCUCCCCUUCUCGAUCUGGGCCUCAAAGACAUCUUCGAGGAGUCAGCUGAUCUCAGUGGCAUCACCAGUGGAGACUCAACAUCCCUGAAAGUCAGCAAAAUCGUCCAGAAGGCAUUCAUCGAAGUGAAUGAAGAUGGCAGUGAGGCAGCAGCAGCAACUGGACUGGAACUAGAGAACAGAUAUGGCUGGACGGAUGAAAUAAAAAAAGUCAAAUUCAGCGUUGAUCAUCCAUUUGUAUUCCUCAUUACUACACAGGAUGCAAUUAUUUUCAUGGCACACAUUGUUGAGCCGAACUAUUAAAUUCUAAGAUGAUGAGUUGAUUGAAGAUAACAUUUUACGAAAGUCUUCACUCCUUUCAACCACUACUCAACUCGUUUUAUUUUUUUAUCUCUCCAUUGCAUUUAUAAAUCAAUUUAUAAACGUAACAAUGAAAUUAGCAUAUUCAUUUUCGUAUGCAAAAUCAAAUUAUAAUGAAAAAGUAAAAAUAAAAAUACUAUCUUUUCUCAAUA